AAUUGUGAAAAUGGCUGACCACGUAAACACAUUGGUGAAGUAUUUUCAAAAUGGCAUAGAAAAUAAUGAUCCUACAAUCUGGGGGAUCAUUGUGGCGCUUAUAGUUGGACUGAUCUCAUUAGGUACAUUCGAUGUAAUCCUUACAAUUUAAAAAAAAUUAACAGACAUUGAAAAGAGUACAUAGAAAUUCUAGCAGAUGUUUUCGUCAUUCUCAUUCAGUCAUUUAAUUAUUAUUUUUAUCAUCAAAAGUUAGAUACUUUGGUCAAAAAUGUAAACAUUUUUUAAAAAUAAACCAAUGGCACAGUUAAAUAGUGCUAAUUUUAAACAGAAUUAUAACACCAAAAUCAUAUUUUUAGCUGUUGUAGUUUUAAAGUUAUGAAUUUUCAAAGUACGACUUGGUUUGUCAUUUUUUAACAUGGACUGCAUCUCCACAUUCUGUGACCUCAUUCCACUGAUCGCGUCAUGCGCAAUGACUAUAUAGUUUAUAUAAGGCAACGCAUUCCCUAUCGCUAAAAUACUGUUUAGGGUCGACUUAUUUUAAACUUUCAACUUUGGCACAUGAAUAAUUAAUAAAAGCUUUCCCUGACCAAUGGUUUAAUAGCUUUUGCACACGGCAAACUCUUAUGAAUGAAACUCUGAGAUAGUACUACGACGUAGCCGUUAUGCAAGUGGCUGUGAAUGGUUGCCAAUGACAACGUGUUGCACAGGGAAAAUUCUGAUCAUUUAUAAUAUGGACUCUGCAGGGUUUUUAAAGCUCAAAUUAAAACAUUUCCAGUUUAAAUGUCUUCAAAAUGCAUUCUGAAACACAAAAUAUAAAAUAUUUUGAUGUAUAUAGUGGUAAUAAUUAAAUAUUUCCUAAGUAUCGGCAACUUCCGCCAUUAAAAAGGGGGCGUGGCCCACGCCAUGUCGAAAUUAGGCUGAGCCACCUUAUGGUGAUAUGGGUCACUGUGACAAGUGUAACAAACGUGAGACACGACCUACAUCAAUGAAACUUGGCACAGAUAUAGAUCAAUAUCUAAUGCUCAUACAGAUUUAAUAAAAAAGGACCUUAUCUUAUUAUUUCACAAAAAAUUUUGUAUGCGAAGAUGCCUUAUAUAUACCAAAGAUUUUCAAAAUAAAGGUCGAUUGAAAAAAGCAAAAUAGCUGGCUAGAAAUGUAGGCCAAGAUGUCUUCCAAAUUAUAAGGCCGGAAACGGAACUCAAAUAUAUGUGGAAAGAACUAAUUUAAUAAUAAAUAGACACACACAUCGGAAAAUUAAAAACUCGGAUUUUUUGGCGCCGACGCCCCAUUUCCGAUAAAAAAAAAAUAGUAGUCUCCCUUGUUUCAUCGAAGUAUCUAUCAAAAGUUCAAUUCAAUUGUAAUUGACAAGUCACAAUUCAAUUGAUACAAUACGGCAACAGUUUACUAGGAGCCUCAGUAAAGAAAGGGACACUACUAAAAUUUUGUUUGGUCGUCUGUGCAGGAAAGUCUUAUUGACACCUCUGCUGUCAUGGCAACAAAGAUGUCAUGUCUUUUUGUUGUGUUCAUAUUAAUCCUUUCAUUAUCGCUGGUUUUGGGCAUGGAUUUUUGCUGACUCAGCAAUUAAAAAUCUUUAAGUUAAGAUGAAACUUCUGUGCAACAUGUUGUUAUUUCCAUACAAACUCUUAUUGGAAGUCAAAAUUCGAUCUUCAUUCGCCUAUACCAAUCACUUAUUUGUCAAUAAUAUGAAAACAUUUACUUACCAAUCCUGCACCUUCUCUUUGAACUUUAGACACGUGGUGUGAGGGAUUUGCACAUGUCAUAAAUUAUUGAUAUGUCUUGCUUUAACUACGACGUAGAAACUAAGAAAAACGAUUUUAAAAAAAUUGAAAAUGAAAUUCCGGGAUUAUCGAAAAUCCCGGUUUUCAUAAAUCUAAUCCCGGUAUUUUCGAGCAUCAAUUAUGGUCUGGCUUACCGGUAUUUUCGAAUUUCGGGAUCCCGGAUUGCAACCCCUAAUUGUAGGUACUUCGAUAAAGCAAGGGAGACUACUAAAAAGUUUGUAUGGGAAAUGGGCGUCGGCGCGCAAAAAAAUGAGUUUUUAAUUUUUUGAUGUUGGUACUAUUUCAUUCAUAAAAUAAUUACUAUGGUAUAUCCCAGAAUUGUGUUCCUCUUCCGGCCAAUCAGUCACAGUCAGCUUUGAGAAAAUCCUUGGUGAAUAUAAGGCAACUUUCAUCAUUAAAAUUAACUCGAAGAAAAAGAUAUGUCACUACCAAAUUUUUUAUGCACCUUGGGCAUGUAUUGAUCUACAUGUAUGCCAAAUUUCACAGCGCUAUGUGUUAUGAGAGGGACGCCAUGUUUCUGCGGGUUCGCAGCAUGUCAUGCAGUUUGCUUAACCCAAUUUCGAUGGAUGUGACCACGCCCCCUUUUUAAUGGCGGAAGAUGUCGAUACUUAGGAAAUAUUAAAUUAUUACACUAUUUACAUAAAAAUAUUUGAUAACUUGUUUUUCAGAAUGCAUUUGAAGACAUUUAAACUGGAAUGUUUUAAUCUGAGCUUUAAAAACCCAGUCGAGUCCAUAUUAUAAAUGAUCAGAAUUUUCCUUAUGCAAAACGUUGUCUUUGGCAACCAUUCACAGCCACUUGCAUAAUGGCUAUAUCAUUGUACUACCUCAGAGUUUCCUUCAUAAGAGUUUGCCGUGUGCAAAAACUAUUAAACCAUUGGUCAAGUAAAGCUUUAAUUAAUUAUUCAUGUGCCAAAGUUGAAAGUUUAAAAUAAGUCGAUCCUAAACAGUAUUUUAGUAAUAAGGUGAUGCGGUGCCUUAUAUAAACUAUAUAGUCACUGCGCAUGACGCGAUCAGCAGAAUGAGGUCACGAGAUGUGGAGGUUUCAGUACUUCUCAGAACAGCGGUCCCAAAUUAAAAUAAAAUGUUUCUCGAAAAAUAAAUUUUAAAAUUCAUUUUUACCUCAUGGAACUUCAUUAAAAUUGUUUUUGAAAGUAAAAUAAAAUCUUUUUGUUGUAAAACAACAAUUUAACAAAUUUUAAAAAAUCAAUAACCUUAAAUUUUAAUGAAUCUUUUAUCUUUUACUGUGACAUUGUGGUACAUUGAGGAGAACUUUACUGUAUUUUUAUUAUUAUCAAAAAAAAUUAAAAAAUUAUUUUGAAUUUUUUAUUAUUUUUAUUAUUAACUUCUCUAUAGAUUAACGAAUAAAGAAAUAUAUAACAUUGAAAUAUGAUGUCGAUGUGACGACCUUGGUAUUUCAGAAAAGUUCUUUGCAUCUUUGCUAUGAAGACAAUGUGACGUCCAUCGUGACGUCGUGUCGACGUCAUCGUCGACGUCAUCGGUAACAAAAAGGUUAACUAGUUUACUACGGAAAUAAUGCUCAGUGAAGAACUGGAAAAUUAUGUUUAUGCAUGUGAGCAGUAUGUUAUGUAGGCUGGUUGAGUUGGCCUAACUUCGCCUGGAUGUGACCACACCACCUUUUUAAUGGCGAAGAUGCUGAUAGGAAAUAUUCAACUAUUACCAGUACCACUAUACUAUACAUAUCAAAAUAAUUGAUAACUUGUGUUUUAGAAAAAACUUAGAAGACAUUUAAACAAUACUACUUUAAUUUGAGGUUUAAAACCUUGGUAGAGUCUAUAUUAUAAAUCUGGUCUAAAAUAAAUAUCAUAAUUUACUGUGUGCAACCAUUCAGUUACUGAACUGGCAUAUGAAUAUACUAUACUGGUAUAGUUUCAUUCUUUAAGAGAUUGCAGUGUGCAAACACUAUUAAACUUAAACCAUUUGUCAGGGGAAGCUAUAAUUGAUUAUUCAUGUACAAAAUUCAAAAUAAGUAGUCCCUAACCAGUAUUAUUUUGUAGUUAGACUCAUAUAUAUAUAAUGAACGCCUUAGGCUUGGUAAUCAGAACAGUCAAAGCUUUCAUAUUUGAUUUACUGAUAAUGACUUAUUUUGCAUAGUACAUAGCUAGAUAGCUAAGAAAGGUUGCAAUUUUAUAAAAUUGCAUAUUAUUACUUGAAAAAAUUAUGACUUUUAAAAUAGUUUUAAUCCUGAAAAUAGUAGUACUAGUACAAAAUUAUCUUUAAAACAAGAGCUAUAGCACAUGGCCCGAUCAGUGAAAUUGUGUCACAACAUGUGGAGGUGCAGUCGAAAGUAAAAAAUUACAAACAUACUUACUCUUUAAAAAUUCAGAGCUAAAAAGAAUACUAAAAGUAGAAAGUAGAUUCUGGUUUUAUUUUUUUUAUUUGAAGUUUGCUUUAAACAACUUGUUAUAUUUGUAAAAAAAUAAAUACCCUACGUUAACAAAUAACUACAUUUUGACAUAAUUAUUUACUAACAGCGAAAGUAUAGUAAAGGCCCUUAAUAGAGACUGACACGUUCAUUUAAAGAGCAGCAAUUAAUAGGCGUUUUAUUAUGUUAUAUUAAUAAUAAUAAUAAUAAUAAAGCUUAUUUGAAAAUAACAAAAUAUGUCUGCAUCACAUUUUGCCUAUUUGAUGGAAGAACAAAUUGCCUAACACAUAGGUUUUGGAACAUGCCAAAAUGUGUAGCAUGCUAUCCGCUCUUCGUAAGAUGCGCCUUCUCUGGUUAUGCCAUGUAUGGAGAAUGGCCGUAUUCAAAAGGAUCUGCUGUAUGGAGAGUUGGGAGUGGCAAGACUUAUUGGACAUUUGCAAAAGGAACAUGAGGGAAGCCAACAUAGAAAUCAAUGACUGGGAGAUCAUUGAUGAGCAUCGUUACCGCUGAAUGGCAGCAAUGUAUUAAGGAUUUCAACAAGCAGAAGAUGCAUGAAAUAAAGCCCUUGCAACAAAAAGAGAAUUACGGAAGGCCAAAUUUAACCAGAAGUCAAGGUCUUCAAUGCGAGAAGUGCUGCGGAGACUGCCACUCCAUGUUUAAAUAUUUAUCACAUUAAAAUCAUUAAAAGAUUGCUGCAUUCUGUCAUCUUCAUGAGAAGAUGGUGAAGAUCAUGGGUUGGCAUCUUGUCUAAAAUCUCGUAAGAGAACCUAAACUGCUGGGCGGUUUCCAUAUUGCAAUUUUUGCUACAGGAUUUUUGUUUCUCGUACUUGCUGUCUGUUGGAUUCCCAUAUUCACUGCUGUGGGUUAGCCAGAACUAUGAUCAGAGAUACCGUCCUAUUCACCAUGUUAGUUGUUGGCUUCCCUCAUGUUUCUUUUACACACAUUUUUAAAGCUCAGCCUUCAAAUAAAUUUGGUGGUCCCCUGUGACUGCUCGGAACAAUAAUGUCAUUUAACAAAACAAGCACAUCAAUACCAGAUCUGAUUGCGAACUGUUUAAUAUUGUCCGUCAUUAUGCAAAGGCAAGGGUAAAAAGGUGCUAAUUUGUGACCUACUGUUCACUGAUCAUGCUGCAUUAGCAGAUUGCCUACUCCAUGCCUUUAUGGAGUUUUGACUGAUCAUCAGUCUAAUGAAAAAAAUGUCAUAGCACAGAAAGGGUGUCCUCUCCAAACAUAACUAUUGAGGGAAAUAAUCUGACAGUUGUUUAAAACUUCACAUACCUCUAGCUCACUCUCCAUUGAUGAAGAGGUCAACAUCGGGAUAGCAGAAGCAGCUGUGGCCAGAUGAAAGAAGAGGGUGUGGCUUAUGAAUUCUAAACUCACUGAAAUCACAGAACUAAGUGUCUGUCCAGCAUGUGUGUUCAAUAGGCUCCUCUAUGGCAGUGAAGUGGGGAUCACAUAUGCCACUCAAAUUGUGCAGCAUGUUCUCUAAUCUUAAUAAGAGGUGUCUAGAAAUUAGAAAGAGAAUGGACAAAGACUGUAUUCCAGAGAACCUGCUGUACUGAGAAUUUACAGGGGGGGGGGGGGGCAUCUUAAUAAGAGGUGUCUAGAAAUUAGAAAGAGAAUGGACAAAGACUGUAUUCCAGAGAACCUGCUGUACUGAGAAUUUACAGGGGGGGGGGGGCAUAUUGGACUUAAUAGAUAUGUGCUCAUUGAUGUUACAAAUGCAGGCCCACUCUAUAGCCACUUAAGAAUGCUAAAAACAUGUCAUUGCUCUGUAAGUGUAUGGGUUUUAUCUCACCAUAUUGACCAUAUUUUUUCCUCCAGUUCUGCUGGUUGUUAAAGGAAGUGGCAAAAACAAAAGACAGGGUGUUUUACUGUUGGGAAUUCGUGAGUCUGGCAAGACAUUGAUCUAUCUGCAAGUAAGAACUGACAUUUCUUACCCAAUUCUAAAUUAUUUUUUUUUUAAACUAUGUUACCAUAAUGAACUUUAAAUUUUUUUAAAAUAAAUUAUAAUUACAAAAAUUGAACUUUUUUUGCUGUUUCCAAGUCAUUUAAUGUAAUUUUUAUAAAAUUGUUUGCAAUCGUUAAAUGAAAUACAUGUAAGAUAAUGGAUUCCAAAAUAGUAUUUGCAUCAAUAUUUGACUUUUUAAAGUGUACUUGAUUUUAAUUAUUUUUUUGUUCUAGUUACAAUGUGUAUUUAGUGUAUUUGUAUUUGCAGCUUGCAUACAAGACAUUCAAACAGACAUAUACAUCUAUGAAGGUCAACUCUGGAGAAUACUUAGUACCAGAAAAAAAUGUAAGGUUGGACUUUUAGCAUAACAGUUUCAGUUGAUUUAGUUUCCUUCAUAAGAGAUAACCGUGUCCAAACACUAUUAAACUUAAAACGUUGUUCAGGGUUAGCUUUAAUUAAUUAAUCAUGUAUAAAAACAUUAGAUUGUUUCACUAAGUGCAAUUGAAUGUAAUCACACGUUUGUUUUAGAAUGUAAAUCAACUUGUUUUCAAUGUAAUUACAUCAGAAAAAACUGAGAAUCAUUGACCUGCCAGGACAUGAAAGGUUGCGAUUACAGUUACUGGAGGAAUAUAAAAAUCUGGCCAGGUAAUUUUAUCUUCAGUAUCCAAGUUUUGUUUAGUGUUUGGCAAGAGAAGUGGGAGUGGAAAUGAGAGUUCUUAUAAAUUCAUUAACUUUUUUACGAUUGUAAAUUUACGAUGCUUCAUGUAAAACCUAAGCGAUCGCAAAGCUGUCUUUUGUUAACAUUGAUAUUUUCUCCAUUAAAUAGAAUUUAGAGAAUGUAUUAUAUUAUUUUUUAUUUUUCACAGGGGAAUAGUCUAUGUGGUGGAUAGUGCGACUCUUCAGAAGGACAUCAAGGAAGUCGCUGAGUGAGUAUUUAAAUUAUGGCAAUAAAAUUUCACCCAAAUUUAAAUGGCUUUAUAUAAAUAGCCACAGUCAGUAUUUGAAGUAAAUAGCCAUAGUCAGUGUUUGAAGUAAAUAGUCACAGUCAGUGUUUGAAGUAAAUAGUCACAGUCAAUGUUUGGAGUAAAUAGUCACAGUCAGUGUUUGAAGUAAAUAGUCACAGUCAAUGUUUUGAGUACGGUAAAUUAUCACUACACACUACAGUUGUUGAACUGUCUGGCCAAUAUUUGUAAAACAUUUUAUUCCUCAGUCUCAUAGAUACAGUACAUUUUAAUCUAUCUGUAGUUUGUGAGAUCUUUCAUUUACAAAAUUACCACUUUGAAGCCUACAUUAAAUAUUUUGCACUUUUUUUUUCACAAAGAAUGGUGAGGACAAAACAAACAAUGAAAUAACCAUAAUUAAUGUUGUAAAAUUAAUAGUCUAAGAUUUCAUCACUUUAAAAGCAAGGCUCAUGGGGGGGGGGGGGGGGGGUUUAAAUAAAGUAAUCAGUUUAAAUUUAACGUCUUGGUCAAUAUUUAACUUGCUGAUUUGACAUUGUAAUGAAAGCCUAUCUCAAUAUUGUUUCACUAUUUCCUUCACACAGCUUGAACACAGUCCCUCACAUACUCUGCUUGAAGUUGUUAACAUAUUAAUAUCUUCAUUCUUCAGGUGUUUUUUGUUUUUUUUAAAAUUAAUCCAACUGUUUAUCCUGUUAAAUCCUGCUUAAAAUACUAUAAUGAAUGCUUAAUUAAAGGUAUUUUUUAUAUAUGCUGUUCAUAGUCAUCUUUAGUAUUGUGCCUAACGUUAUGAAACUUUCCUCUAAUUUAUUUCAAUAAAAUUGUGUUAAUUAUUAUUCAGUCCUAUUGCUCAGUGUAGAAACCGCAGUUUCCAUGUUGCUUGUUGAGAAUUUACCAUGUAAUAUAAAUAAAUGAAUUUUAUAUCUAGAUCAGUGGUUCUCAACCUUCCUAAUGCCGCCACCCUUGAAUACAGUUCCUUAUGUUGUGGCGACCCCCAACCACAAAAUUAUUUUCAUUGCUACAUUUGAGUAUAUUUGUUUUCCGAAGGUCUUAGGCAACCCCUGUAAAAGGGUCGUUCGGCCCCCAAAGGGGAUGCGACCCACAGGUUGAGAACCGCUGAUCUAGAUGAUAAUAAUGACUUGUGUUAAAAGUUAAAGUGUAAUUGUAACAAAUAUUUCAUUGCAGAUAUCUGUAUACAAUACUUAGUGACAGAGUGAUCUCCAAUAAUGUUCCACCUGUACUUAUAUUGUGCAACAAGCAAGACCUCACCUUGGCUAAGGGUGUCAAGGUGAUUCGCAGUCAGCUGGAGAAAGAAAUGUAAAUGUUCACUUUUUUUUUCUUGCACCUCAUAUUAGCUUUAAAAUACUUUUUAAAUGUUUUCAGCUCAAAUGUGUAAGAUAUGAAUAAUAUGAAGCAGUCUAUGCUGUUUUCUUUUCAGUGUGGAGACUUUAAAAGGCUCAGUACAAAACUUAGACAUAUUUAUAUCCACAUAGCACAACAGAGUUUAAAAAAAAAUCUAUCCAUGUGACAUUCUUCCUCCUCCGCCUCCUCUCCCCCCACCACCCUAUGGUGCAAAAUAAGGUUAUAAAAAUGGUAAACACAAUAACUUUGUACAUUGGGACUAAAAUGAUCUCCCUUCGUUAAUUUAUAUGCAGGAUCUGUAUUACUACAGUUAGCACAAUUAACUGAGGAAUUACAUCUAAAUACAUCUAAAUUGCUAUAAAAUUCAUCCACUGAUUUUAUUUUAAAUAAAAUUGCUGUUUUAAACACUGUAAAAAAAACUGAAGUUUUGAAAAAUAUUUGUUUGACUUUUUAGCAAGCUAAUUUGAUUUAAAAGUUGAGAUCUAUCCAUUUAUGAAUGAAGUAAACAAGCUAGGACUUGCGCACAUCGAAAGGGAGAUUAUUUAUGACUUUUUCUUGUACCUAUGUUAUGUGGAUGCCGUUUGGUGUCUUGUCAAUACAAAGUGUCAAAGGGAGCUUUGCCAAGCAGCUGUUUCCUUCCAGGCACUAUUACAUAAAUAUUUUUGGUAACACGCAAUCCUUUCUGAAAUCUUCACACCCCAGUGGGUUCAAGUGGUUAUAUUAAAGCUUGCAGGUUUUCUUUGUGCUUGCAUACCGGUACACAUAAUCAUCAGCCAUUGUGGGGUCAGUUGUAAAUGGGUCGGUACAAUGGUGCAUAAUUAGGCUGAAAAGUUUCUUUAUGGCAUUGUUAGUUUUACUUUAAAAAAAAACAAAUUAGUCGCACUGUUCAGUGAUUCUCCAUAAUUUAUUUUUUAAAAAUCUAAAUGCAGGAACACUUUAAGGAUUACUCAGGCUGCUGCUCUGAAAGGUGUCGGUGACACUGGCAACAACAACUCUUUUCUAGGGAAAAGAGACAAAGAUUUUAACUUUGCAGAUAUCAAGCCAUUCAAGAUUGAUUUUGCAGAGUGUAGUGCCCUUGGCAAGGACAAAAACUCUGGCCGUCCUGACUUAGAUGAACUUCAAGAUUGGUUGGGAAAAGUUGCAUAAAUGCUCUACAUGAAGUAUAGGAAAGAAAGAAUUUAGGAAUGAAAGGGGGAAAUGGAAGUGCAUGUUAUUAUUAAUAAGUCAAUUCAGUUAUUUUGGUUAAAGGAGUUUUGCUAAUACACUUUAAGUGUCCAAAAAAAAUUUUUUUAAGGGCAUUAAUUUAUUUGUUCUCCAAAGCGCUGUUUAAAAAAUUCAGACACCCCAAAACAAUUUUAAGAUAUAAUUUUGAUAAUACAUAAAAAGGUAGUGUGUCAUGGCUCUUAAAGAUAUUCUUAGACUGAUUUACUAUUUAUUUCUUAUUUUGGUUGCAUUUUUUUUUAAAGCGAAUUAAGUGACUGCCUACAACUAUUACAAGAAUUAGAGGAGAAAUAAUAACUGAUAUUGUUCACAGUUUGAGUGCCAUCUCAUUGUGCAAAUGGGAGGAAUGCAUCUCCACGCUGUACAAUAAACAUAAUAUACCUUAUAGUUCACCAACAGUGUAAAAGUUCCAUUCCGUUAAUUUGAGAAUACGGCUUACACACAUCGUCCAUCAGGUUUUUCUCUAUCUUGUGUUUAUUUCUUAUUCAAUUGCUUUCUCCUUCCUCAUUCCUGCUCGUAUUUCUCUUACACAUAAAGGUUUAUUAAGUUUAAAGUAAUAUUUUGACAUGUCCUAAUUCAUUGCGUUAAGAUAUUUUAUUUCACCUAAGUUUGUAGUUCUUCAUUUUGUUUUAUUGUAUUGACAAAGGCUGACACUUGCAAAUUAUUUUAUUUCCAAAUGUUCCUUUAUAUAAUAAUAGAACUGUCUGUGUUAAUUUCUUUGGAACUGACUUAAAAGCUUCAGAAGAAUCUUUAAGCUACAAUUAUGUAUUCCACAAGAAAAUAUAACACCACACUGUUUGGUCAUCUGAUAAGUUUUUAAUGCAGUUAUUUCUAGUACUAGAUUUGUAAACUAUGUUGUUGGGUUUUUUUUUUUAUUUAAAAAAUAAAAGAGCCAUUUCAGUGCAGAAGUUGACUUUGUUUAAUAUUUAAAUAAUUAGUUGACAAUUGCCAGAUGAAAAUGUUGAGUGUGUUAUUGUAAGGGUAAUUGUUAUAGCAUCUGAACUCUAAUCCGAAGCUGCUGCUAUAAACAUACAGAUACAACAUACUUUUCUAUUAUAAUAAUUAAUGUCAUAUUUAUUAAAUUUUAAAUCAAGCAUUUCAAAUAUUACCUUUUAAAUUUGGCCUAAAUUUUUUUUUUUAAAUGUGUCAAAUGUUUUCUCAUUUGAUUAUAUGUGGGGCACAACUGUUGUACAAACAAGGCCCUUGACAAUUUUUGUUUGAGGCAUAUUUGUAAUAUGACCACCACUGGACUGCUCUGGUAUGUAUGUGUUGCUUCUAAAAGUAAGAAAAUGAAUAUGUCAAUUUAAAAGAAAACAAGAAAUUAAAUGAAAGAGGUGAUGGUUAAAGCUAGUGUUAUUUC